UAGUCGUAAAUUUACAAUGUAUUAAGUGGUAAAUAAGAUUAAUUAUAUUUUUAAUUGUAAAUUUGCUGUAUGUAAAUUUAUGUUAUGUGAAUAACAAAUUUGAAAGCGUUCUUAAUAAUUACCUUAUGAAUUUGGUAUUUCAGGACAAUUCUACUUCAUAAAAUUGAUUAGAAAAUUACAAUCAUUUUUAAAUUUUAAAUUAUUAUCCCGUUUUCUCAAUUUCUAAACCGUGGAUGCCAAAUUGAGCGCCAUCCCGACCCCGAACGGUCCUCAAGUUGCCUUCGCCGCCCUUAUCGUCCUCAACUGAUCCUAGGGUUUCUGGAACAAGGCUUCAUAGGUUUCUGAUCCUUUCCUUUCAAUCGAAAAUGGGGAAGAAGAAACCCAAGGAGCCCAAGGAAACCCCUAAAAGCAGCGGUGCUUCCGACAUAUUUAGCAAGCUAUUUGGUAAUGUAUCGGAACAGGGCGCCAGCUCUUCUCUGUUCUCAGAUAGCAACCCGUUUCGUAAGAAACCUCUUGAAACUAGUUCAAGUUUCGGCCUAACCAAUAAUACUGAAAACGCUGGUAGCGCGGUCUCCCAUAGCCCCGAUUCUGAAGUUUUGAAGAAGACGAAGAAAAGGAAAGAGAAGGACUCGUCUAUUGAUUCAGAUAAUGCCUUCGAAGCUUCGGGGAAGAAGUCGAAAUCCGGUUCCGACUUGAACUCUCAUUCGAUUCCCAAAUCAAUUACAACACCGCAGGAUGGCGAGGCCAAAGUGUCUGAUUUGGGUGCACAGGCGACUGCGUUAUCGAAGAAUAAAAAUAUUGUGUCUGAGGAAGGCGAGGAGAAAGGUGAGCUUGUAAAUGGUGACAAGGAGAAGAGAAAGAAGAACAAGAGAAAAAGGGACGACGUUGAGAAAGAGUGGGAAUUAAAGAGGUAUGGGGCAGUAGAGGAAGAGCAAGAUCACGGGGAAGGCUUGGAGAAAAAUGUCGUUGGGACCAAGAGGAAGACGGUGGAUAAUCCUGCUGACAUGUUGGUAACGAAUGAAGGUUUUGAUGAUGAGAAAAAGCUCUUGAGAACGAUAUUCAUUGGGAAUUUACCGCUCAAAGUGAAAAAGAAGAAUUUAUUGGCGGAGUUUAGGAAAUUUGGGGAGGUUGAAUCUGUGAGGAUUCGUUCUGUCCCAAUAUUAGAUACCAAAAAACCUAGAAAGGGAGCCAUCCUUGCGAAGAAAAUCAAUGAUGCUGGUGAUAGCGUUCAUGCAUACAUUGUUUUUAAGACAGAGCAGUCAGCUCAGGAUUCUUUGUCCCAUAACAUGGCUGUGAUCGGAGGAAAUCACAUACGUGUUGAUAGAGCAUGCCCACCUCGCAAGAAACUUAAAGGAGAGCAUACUCCUCUGUAUGAUAACAAGAGAACUGUUUUUGUUGGCAACCUCCCAUUUGAUGUAAAGGAUGAGGAACUCUAUAAACUAUUCUCUGGUACGUCCAACCUGGAAUCCAGCAUAGAAGCCGUUAGAGUCAUUAGAGAUCCUCAUUUGAAUAUCGGGAAGGGUAUCGCCUAUGUGCUGUUUAAAACAAGGGAAGCUGCUAAUUUUGUUGUUAGGAAACGUAACUUAAAGCUCCGAGACCGAGAGCUGAGACUGUGUCAUGCAAGAGCGGAUGCCACCCCAUCCAAAAGGCCAAACUUGUCCCCACCACAAGCUUCUGGUACCCCUGCGAAGAAGGCGACGAUGGCUGCAAGGUCUCCUUCAAGCGGUAAUAACAGGACAAAUAGAAAAUCCAAUAUGUCUUACCAAGGUUUGCGGGCAAACAAAACAGUUGUCCAUAAGAAAUCAAAAACCCACGGAGGUGAGCAAACGACAGAGCGCAAGACGAAAAGACCAGCAGUUGCUGCCAGAAAGACUAAACUGAAAGCUAAAUUGCUCAAGGAAGACGGUUCAUCAAAACAUGCAGGAAAGAAACGCAAGCUUGAUAGUCGAACUCCAGACAGCUCUGUACAAAGUAAGAAAAUUAAGAAGAAUAGGUAGCAGUGUUGUCAUAGUAUCGAGGUGCUCUAAUGCCUCAAGGAGACACAUUAAAAGAUGAAUUGAUCAGCUUUACUUUAUUUCCAUUUUGUAUUGAGACUUCUGAUGUGGUUCAAUAGAGAAAUCAAAUCGAAUCAUUUGAGUUUUGUUUUGAAAAUGAAGAAAAUUACGUGGAAAAAA